AUGGAAAUUAACAUGAGAUCUGAAGUCAAGUGGGGUUCAAGUUCAGGCUUUUUGAAGGGAAGAAUAGCCAUUGAAGUAGAGGAAGGUCAUACGGAUGGUCUGAGAGAGCUAGUGAAGAAAAUGGAGAUAACCCAGAAGAAUGCAUUCAGGAAAGAGUAUGGGAAUUUGUUGAGCCUUGGAAGAAUUCGAGCAGAUCUUAGGUAUACACCUCUUGAGGGAGGAACUCCAUACAACUACCUAGGGCAGUAUAUCCAUGUGUUGCAGCUAGCAAGAAUCAUGAAAUUACACCCUAUGCAGUUGGAAGGAGAGUUCACAGUCAAGGGCAAAGUGAAAGGCCUUCCUCAGGGCUACCUAGAGCAGUACUUGCACCGUUUGGCUGAAAUGGAAAAGUGGGAAACAUUUAUGGAUUUAUUGGCUCUUAUCCUCUUUGGUGUCAUGCUUUUUCCUAACAUCGAGAACUUCGUCGACAACGCCGCCAUAAAUGCAUUUAUGGGAUACAAAGAUCGCCCAGAGAAUCCGGUCACCGCUAUCCUAGCUGAAGUUUAUGGAACCCUUAGUCAAUGUUAUGAGCUAAAGGGAGGGAAACUUUUGUGUUGUCUGCCAGUGUUGUAUGUAUGGUUCGUCUCUCGGGUGAGUGAGAACACAUUGAAUGCCACAUGUCCCGUGGAUGAGCUACUGCAGUGUAAAUCAAAUAUGAAAGAGGCAAAUGAAUGGGCCCAACUCUGUGCAAGUCUAAAUGUGGAGCAAGUUAAAUGGAAUGUCCUUUGGAUGCAAAGAUCGCAAAUCAUAUAUUAUUGCGGGAGGUACCCUAAUGUGCCCCUCAUGGGUAUCAGGUGUUGCAUUAACUACAAUCCUGCGUUAGCACAAAGGCAAUUCGGGUAUCCUAUGAGAGGAUCUCCUACACCUGCGUCUCUCGCCAUAUUGUAG